GGAAGACAUAUGAUGAAGCACAAUCUAAAAGCAGAUGUAUUUCUAUACUGAGAAGAGAAUUUCUAAUGUCAAAUGUUCAUCAAUUCUCAUGUGACUGCUGAAUUUGUGAUUACCAUACACGUAUACAUUAAAUUGACAAAAUAAUCACAUGCUAAACUGAUAAAUACAUAAUCCGACGAAUCAGAACAAGUGUUGUUUGAUAAUCUCAAUUACUUGUCGUGAUAUCUUAUAAAUGAAUACGUGAUAUCUAGUCAGAAAUAGUAGCAUAAACGAAUAGAAUCAACCCGCUUCAUCAAUAAUCCUUAAAUCUUAUUAAACGAAACCUGUAGUCGUCACGAACUUAUCACAUUUAAAUCCUGAAUAUUAACACAGCGUUUUAACGUGAGUGAUAUAAAUAGACCUACGAAGGUCGGUUUCACAAUUUGAUGAAGAACAAUGCCAAUUAGUUUAGUGUUCCUCUUUACUGUAAUAUCUUGCUCAACAUUGUGGUCAAUUGAAACACUGGUAAAUACAACCGUUAAUCACACAAAUUCAAAUGGCUCACAAACACAAACAAGACUUUUAUAUAGUCGGGUACCGUCAGUGGAAUGCAUGAGAUUAUUCAGCUUCUACAAUAACAGGAAUUAUUGGAUUGAUUUGUGUGACAGUAAUGCAUUACUUUCUCCCUUUCUAAAGAGGUAUACAAGAGCAGUUUGUUCACCACCCUCCACCAGACGCUCCAAUGUUAAAUACUGGAUAUUAUAUUCACGGGAGGGUUUUCGUGGUCGGCAUAUAUUCGUUCGACCAGAUACAUGUAUUACGGAUAUGCACCGAAAUGGAAUACGAUCUGUUGGAUCCAUAAUGAAGUGUUUAAGAUGGUCUCAAUACAAUAUUAACUCACAUUGUAAUGUACCACGACAGUCAUCGUUGAUAACUGAUGAAAUUCCGGAAAAUAUUGUUGAAGUGAAUCAGGAGUUGAAUCCGGGAAUCGACACAUCCAAUCAAUUCGAUCUAAGUACUCAACAGAAUGACAGUGCAAAUAACAAUGUUAUUAUCCCAUAAAUCCAUUACUUCCAACUACUUUUGCUAUCAUGCAAUCACAAGUUAUCAAUCAGAUUUUAAUUAACACUAUCAAGACUUUUAACUAUUCCGUAGAUUAAUGUAUUAAAGUUUGUCAAUAAAAGUCACAUGAUUUCAAUGGUAUGAUUUG